GGAGCCGCUGUGCGCGCGGAGCCCACCCCCGCCUCCCCCCGGGGCGCCGCGCCCUCGCCCCGCCCCCUCCCAGCUCGCACCCAGCAACCGCCACCGAGACAUGGCGAGUGCGGGGUCGCCGCGGCAGCAGCAGGGCGCAGAGGCGGGCGGCGGCUGGGAGGUCCCCGGGGCUCGGAGCGCGGCGGCUGGGAGGCUCCAGCAGCAGCCGCCGGUGCCAGCGGCCGGAGAUGAAGAGCCGGAGCAGGUGUCAGGCGGGGCCGCGUCCGCACUGCUCGGGGAGACCGGGCUGGCGCUGGGCGGCUGCAUCGCGGCUGCUCUGAGCUGGGAGAGGCCGCUCCGCAGCCUGGGCGGGUUCGUCUGCGCCAACCUGCUGUUCUGGUUCCUUGCACUGACCCCUUGGAGAGUAUAUCAGCUGACUUCUCUCAUAAUACUUGGGGUUGUAAUUAUGCAGAUAAUGAAGGAUAUGGUAUUGUCUCGGAUAAAAGGUGCACAGCUAUGGAGGAGCCUCACUGACAGCUGGGAAGUCAUCAAUUCCAAACCUGACUACAGGCCCAAAAUAAACCAAUGUAUUGUAGAUGCAUUGGUGAAUUUAUUUCUAUUUCUUCAGGAAAUGUCACACUUCAAAGAGAAAAACCCUGGCAAGUUUUGCCUUCUGGUCUGCAGUGUGUGUACAUUUUUCACUAUCUUGGGUAGUUACAUUCCUGGAAUUGUACUCUCCUACUUUCUAUUACUGUGUGCCUUUUUAUGUCCACUGUUCAAGUGCAAUGAAUUUGGGCAGAAGAUGUGCAACAAAAUCAAGUCAGUUCUGCUGAAACUGGAUUUUGGAAUUGGGGACUAUAUCAACCAAAAGAAGAGAGAGAGAUCUGGUAAGUAACUAAUAUGGAGGGGGAGGAAGGGAGAGGGCUGUUUUGUUUUUCCCACAUGGAGUCUCAAAUAUUAUAUAUCUAAAAUUAGGCAAAAAUCUGCUCAUAUUGUAAUCAUCACAGUUCAUCUUUUGAAACCAAGCAUGAGUAUACUUGUCAUAAUGGAAUUCUAAACUGAAGGAUGGGAGCAAAAUUCAAACAGUAUAUGUCAGACUGACCGGUUAGGAUGGGGUGAGGAGUUUUCUCCUCUCAUUAGAUUUGAUCUGCCCCAUCACUUCAUAUAUUUAGGAAAACUGCUAGUUUUAAAGUAUGAAACAUUAGUCUAGCCACCUUACUCAGAGUUAACAUGUACUUCCAAAUGCAUAUGUUCUAUUCACAUUAAAGCACCUAAUGUCUAGUGAUUAGAUUGAGGCUUCUGAAAUAAGGACUCCUAGAUUCUAACCCAGCUAAAUUAUGCUAGUGACUGUGCAACUUCAGGCAAUUUACAUAACCUCUCUGUGUCUCUGUUUACCGAUUGAGGUAUUAUGAGGCUUAAGCAUUUUGAGAUUCUUUGAACUAAACUAAAGAUACUGUAUAAGUGCAUGUUGUGUUUUAUUUUAUUAACAUGUUUAUUUUGGAAGGUGUGUGGGGGUCCCAAAGCAACUGCUGGGAAGGGAAUGAAAUAAUAUAUUCAACUAUUUUUGAACCAUGAAAUUGCACAAUAGUAUAAAAUCAAAAGACCAUACUUCUGACACUGAAAUAUUAGGAAGAUAAAUAAAAAAUGCCAUCUUCAUCCCAGACUUUCUCAGAUAAACUUUUAUUCUGGGUCAUCUUUAUAUGAGCAAAAUUAUUAUGUUGCUUAUUUGAUUGUUCACAUGAGGGAGUGUGGCAGGGCGCUGCUAGGAAAGCCCUUAAUCAGCUCCCGCCGCCCCAGCCCCAAUCAGGGGGAAUGGAUUGGGGCUGGGUAAAUAGCCAGUGCUUGCCUGGAAACUGCCCGCAUCUGCCAGCUUCAUUAGCAGGAGCUAAAAGGCUGGAAGUGGAAGAAGGGGGUGCGGAGACCAGGAGGGAAAGGUCAGGCUCACAGGGAGGAAGGAGCCUACCAGUCUGUUGCUGAUCAGGCGGGUGUGAGGCCAAGCUGUGUAAAUAGCCUGAAAAUAGUGGGAAACUGGUGGUGGGGAAAGGACACAAAAUAAAGAGCAUGGGUGUUACACCAGCUUGGAGCGUCACUGAGUCUUUAAAGAGUGGGGCCAAUGGGCCAAAUCCUAUGGGGCACGACGUGCACCCAGUUACAUGUGGGGGCUUGUCCAGGACUAGAAGCCACCGCCAGCGAGUGGAAACCUGAGCAUGGAGGGAACAGUGCAGUGGCUCAUGAAGCAACAAGAGGAGCUGCAGAAAACCCUGCAGGCCUUUCAGCAGUCCCACCAGGCCAAGAGACAGGUCUUACUUGCUUGGCAGGCCGAGCAACAAAAGACCUUCCAGGACUUCAUCAGGGAGCAGGCCAGUGUACAGCAGCAGCUCCUGCACCAGUUGGGGAGUCCCCCGGGAGGUGAUGGCAGCCACGCACCAGGGUUGGUGCUGUGUAAGAUGGGCCCCGCCGAUGUAUUGUGGGUGCUAUCAGAGAUAAGUAAAAAUUGCAUUUGAAGGGGCCCAGGAGUCUGUCAGCUUUUCUGCUAGGCUACAAUGCUGCUUUCAGUUAACUUCCUUCUUUAAAAAAAAUGGAUGGAGGAUGAGAUUGUUUCUGACAGAGGGGGAGAGAAGGGAGAAGGCAAAAUGUGUGUUCCUUGUAUGUUAAUUGGAGACACCUGUGACCCAACAAAAACUACCAGACCUACUUGGUCACUUUCAGUGCAAAUUUGAAGGUAGUUAGGAUGAAUGCAGGGGAAAGAAUGAAUGGGUACAAAGGUAGGGUUACCAUAUUUCCACAAUCAAAAAAGAGGACACGGAGGGGGGGGGUGUGCUCUAGCCCUGCCCCACCCCUAUCCACUCCCUCC